UUCCACGCGAGAGGCAUUUCUAAGUCUGCCACUUUCUGGGCGCGAGAACGUGUGAAAAUUCACAGUGGCUACAAAAUGCCCAGCCCGACGACCUUCCGGCUUCUUUCGCGCCUCCACAACCACCCCCUGACCCCGCGAGAGGGGCUGAAAGGCGCUUCGAAGUCCCCCGAAGUCGGCAGCCUGGACUGCUCCGGGCGCGUCCCGCGCGAAGACGCCGGGGCCUUCGGGCCACAGGACGAGCCAAAAGGCCCAGGAGGGGCGAGCCCUGACGACCUCAGCGCGGCCGCGGCCACGAGGCGGAACGGCGCCCGUCGCAGUCCCGCUCUGUGCACCCAGCGGGUCUUCCGUGCUGCGGGUCCGGUCGGGUCGGGCGGAGGAAAGCACCGUCAAGCCCCGCGGGGGAGGCGAGCGGCGGAGCGCGUGCCGGCGGUGACCCCCCCCCAGCCCGCGGGCAGGACAAGGGACGGAGGGCCGCAGCACCUCGACCCCCUUUGGCGGCGGGAGCAGCGCUGGGGCUGCGUCCGCCGGCGGGAGCACCUCCGACUUGGGGAGGCCGAGCGCGCGGGUGCCCCUGGGGAGCGGCGCCGGGGGCUCGGCUGUCCCUCCCGCUGGCAUCGCGGGUGCGCUGACUCAGCUCCGCGCCCCCCACCCCGCGCCUGGCCCAGCCCCGCCCCCGCCCAGCCACUGGGGGGAGGCCCCUCCAGAACAAAGAAGCAGCACCAACGCGCGCUUCCUCCUCCGCCGCCGCCCGCUUUAAACACCCCGCAGCGCCCGCCCGGUUUCCUCUAGCCGAGCAAGUUGCAGACGGGUUUUUUUCCCCUCGCUCUCGCCCAACCCCCGGCCGGAUCCGAGCGGCUCGCUCUCCCCCGGAGACGACGGCGGCGGCUGCUGGGGCUGGUGGAUACCUGCUGAAGAAGGGCGAUUUUGGAUCGCUCAGUGUGGAGCCUUGGAACGACUGUGACUUGUUAUUCGUCCUGUCCCAAGUUGUGUUCUCUUCAGGAUGAGCCUCUUUCAGGACACCUCUGACCUCUGUUGUCCUAAAGACCCCGCCAUUUGGGUGAGCAGCACCCUGACAAGAGAGGGAAUAUUGGGGAAGAAAUGCAGAUGAAAUAUAGCAACGAGAAUAGCGUGUGUUUUGUUUUUCUUUUGGUCUUGGAGCAACUUGGACUCAUUCAGUGACCCUUCAUUAUUUCCCAAGGCAUUUUAAAGCUCUUGGCUCUGAAGAGGUGCAAAGUCUGACAGGGCAUCAUUCAAAGCUGGCUCUCCUCAGGAAAAGCCAUGAAAAAGAUCCAUUUGGCGCUGCCACUCAGUAGCGUGUUAAAGGGGACCUGCCGCUACCCUGACUAUGGAGAGAUGCUGAGUGAAGCCAACAGUGGCUUUCCAACAGUAGAGCAGGAUGGUUGCAUUGGUGUGGAUGUUGCCUACCAAUCCCGGAAGAAGCGUAAGCGCUGUGGGCUCUGUGCCCCUUGCCUAAGGAAGGAAAAUUGUGGGACUUGCACCCAUUGUGUGAACCGAAGAACCAGCCACCAGGUCUGCAAGAUGAGGAAGUGUGAAGCUCUGAAGAAAAAGAAAUUGGGGUGCAUGAAGGUGGUGGAAAUAAAGGACAAGAAAGACACCAGCGCUCGGGGGCGAGAGCCGGCAGUGGAGACCGGUUUGGAGGGCAGUUCAGUUGAUGGACCCAAAACAGGCCAAAUGGAAGAAGGGACGUUUAGCCAUGUUGAAGAAAGAAGGUUGAAUGAAGGCCAUAUGCCUAGCCUGGCAAAUGGAGGAGGGGAACAAGUUGCCGGAGGAGGGGCUAUGUUAAUGGAAACAAGCACGUGGCUCAGCGCCUCCUCCGCUGAGCAGAAGGCUAACUGGGAGAGCCCGCCAGCUGCCCCCUGCCAGGGAGACUCCUCCAGCAAUGCCAACUUGGAGGAUGCCCAGAACUUGGUGGCUUUCUCAGCGGCGGCAGAAGCAGCCAUGUCCUCACAUGGGAUGGCCCCUCUGUUGUCGCCUUCCUUGCUGAGCAUGCAGUUGUAUGAAAAAUUUAACGCUGAGAUGAAUCGCAGCGGAAUGGGCGAUGACCUGGCAGUGCCUCCUUCCAGCUCCUGCUCUAGCAGUGAGGAUCUAACUACUCUGAAGGCUGCUCUUAGCUGGGCAAAAGAUGGCAUGAAACCACCCAACUGCAACUGUGACGGACCCGAGUGCCCAGACUACCUGGAAUGGCUGGAGAAGAAGAUCAGAUCGGCUGCUGGAGAGGACCAGAGUUGCCCACCACAGCCUCUUAACCAAGCUCAUCAACCCCCCUUAGACAAUGGUGCUAAUCAUAAUCGGGUGCCUGCGGCAGAGGAGAAGCACACUCCGUGCCCGCUGGAGGCCCUCCCUCUUACUGAAAGUGCACUGAACAUUGCAAAAGAGAAGAACAUCAGCCUCCAGACGGCCAUUGCUAUUGAAGCCCUCACCCAGCUGUCGUCUGUUUUUCCUGAGCCAGCCCAAGAGGCUCCGCCUCCUCCCCAGAGCCCUUUGCAAGCCAUGGCAUUCAACUCCAAGGAUCAGCUGGAGCAGUCCUCCCGCUUCCCAGGACACAACCCCAAUUCGGUGCUUUCUGAAUCCAGUGCCGAGCUGUACCAGAGCCAGGCCUCCAAACCGUAUGCGAGCCACCACCUUUUCCAGCCUCCUGUGUCUUCCGCACCAUCCUCCUGGCGGCAGGGAGCGAAGGCUGCUCAGGAUCUCGUCCCCUGUUGCCUCGAUCGCAACAACGGACACCUGGAGCCACCAGGCCUGUUUCCCAACUCCUCCUCUACGCCCCAAAAGGUGGACUUCCCUGAGCAGUGGAGUGAAGAAAGCAAGCCGAAAAGCAGCCUGUGGAGCCUGAAUCCCAGCAACCCGCCGUCUCCCUUGGCAAGCGAUCCCAUGGCUGAGUUGGAGCAGCUACUGGGCAGUGCCACAGACUGCAUCAAAUCUGUGUUUAAACGUCCUGAAGUGACGCCUGGCAAAGUGAAAGCCAUCAAGCCAAAGCAGGAGCCUCUUGCCCUGAAGAACGAGAGCCCUGGCUACCGCAAGCCAGCCUCCUCCAGUCCACAGUUAUCCCAACUCCUGCAAGAGACUAACUUCCACAAGAGAACUCAGAAGGCUCUGCAGCAACACCUCCAUCAUAAGCGCAGCCUCUUUCCUGACCUGAAAAUGCCUCCAGGAAGCCCCCAGGAGCAGCUGCCUAGCUGGUGGCCUCCCAGCACCCAAGCCCAGCCGCUGCCACCGCCAAAGCCAUCGGAAAAGCCCGCCAAGGAGAGGAGGAAGAAGAUCCAGCUUGAGAAAAAUGCCCCGGCCAAGCCACUGCGCAAGCAGGUCCAGAUUAAAAGGUCAAGGCAGAAGGAUGCUCAGCCCCUCUUCCUACCCGUGAGGCAGAUCAGCUUGGAAGGGCUCCGCUUGGUGGCCACUCCUGAACGCCCCAGCAAGGAGGUGCAAUCUGAGCAGCUCUCCAGCACCCCUCCCAAGCUCUUGCCUCCUCUCCCCUUCUCAUCCAAUCCUGCAGAGCAGUCUCCGUUGCAGAAGUUACUUGAAAACAGAAGCCCAGCUCCCAACACUCAGGAAACAUGCCACCCCGGCCAGGAGGAGAGCCGUUGCUACUACCCGGAGAAUUCUGCAUGCGACUCGCCUUCCCUUACCACUCCUGUCUCUGGCUUUGCCUCAUGCUCAUCUGCUCUUGCUUGCGGCAAUGGGCACGAGGAAGCCUUCCACAGGGCCACCAACUCGGCAGACCACCCCCUUUUUGCCCACAAUUCUGUUGCGAUGGAUGAGAAGUUGGAGGAACUGAUCAAACAGUUUGAGGCGGAGUUUGGAGAAAAUUUCAGCUUUCAAAAUGCUGAGCUUCCAGCUCCACUGCACCUUUCUGAUGGGCCGCUCUCAGCACAGCCUCCUUCUCCUUCUCUGCACGCGUUGUCCUCUCUGAGCCAUUCUCCAGAGCCUCCAGGAGGCUCAGAUGCAGCUCUCCAGGUGCCGGCUGCCAAGGACUGCCCAUUGCCUCUGACAGGUGCUCUGAAUGCGGGUCACAAAACGUUCCCUCUUCUGCCGGGGGCCGGGCAGCCUUUUGAAAACCCUUUUGCAGCCCGGUCCCCUAAGCAGAUAAAAAUCGAAUCUUCUGGUGCUAUUACUGUGGUGUCCACCACGUGCUUUUACUCUGAUGAAAACCAAAACACAGACACUGCUUCCAUGGAAGGGACACCGACCAAGGAUAAAGUGCCGCUCAUGCCUACUCUCAGUGGAUUUCUGGAAUCUCCCUUGAAGUACCUGGACACGCCAACCAAAAGUUUGCUGGACACACCUGCCAAGCAAGCUCAAGCAGAGUUCCCAACUUGUGACUGCGUGGAACAAAUAGUCGAAAAAGAUGAAGGGCCAUAUUACACUCACCUGGGGUCAGGACCAACGGUGGCAUCCAUCAGGGAACUCAUGGAGGAACGGUACGGUGAGAAGGGAAAAGCCAUCAGAAUUGAAAAGGUGAUCUACACAGGGAAGGAAGGGAAGAGCUCUCGCGGCUGCCCCAUCGCUAAGUGGGUCAUCAGGAGGCACAAUUUAGAGGAGAAGCUGUUGUGCCUGGUGCGACAUCGUGCUGGCCACCAUUGCCAGAAUGCUGUCAUCAUCAUCUUGAUUCUGGCCUGGGAGGGGAUCCCUCGCACUCUGGGGGACACCCUGUACCAGGAGCUCACUGACACGCUCACGAAAUAUGGAAACCCCACCACACGGCGAUGUGGGCUGAAUGAUGACCGGACGUGUGCGUGUCAAGGCAAGGACCCCAACACCUGUGGUGCCUCUUUCUCCUUUGGCUGCUCUUGGAGCAUGUAUUUCAAUGGGUGCAAAUACGCUCGAAGCAAAACACCUAGGAAAUUCAGACUUCAGGGAGACAAUCCCAAAGAGGAAGAAGUGCUCCGAAGAAGCUUCCAAGACCUGGCCACAGAGGUCGCUCCACUUUAUAGGAGGCUGGCACCCCAGGCCUACCAAAAUCAGGUUACAAAUGAGGAUAUAGCAAUAGAUUGCCGGCUUGGACUGAAAGAGGGGAGGCCCUUCUCUGGGGUGACGGCAUGUAUGGACUUCUGUGCUCAUGCUCACAAGGAUCAGCAUAACCUGUAUAAUGGGUGUACUGUGGUGUGUACUUUGACAAAAGAAGACAAUCGUACCACUGGGAAGAUCCCGGAGGAUGAACAACUGCAUGUCCUUCCACUGUAUAAAAUGUCCACCACGGAUGAGUUUGGCAGUGAGGAGAAUCAAGCAGCAAAGGUGGGCAGUGGGGCAAUCCAGGUGCUCACCUCCUUUCCCAGGGAGGUGAGAAAGCUUCCUGAACCAGCCAAGUCUUGCAGGCAGAGGCAAUUGGAAGCCAGGAAGGCAGCUGCUGAAAAAAAGAAAAUGCAGAAGGAGAAGCUGAUUACACCUGAGAAAAUCAAGCAGGAAGUUUUUGAGAUCCCAACGCUCCAGCAGAAUGCAGAUACAGCUUUGAAAAGUGGACAUUCCCAGCAGUCAAUCAAACCUUCCAUCAAAGUGGAACCUCAGAAUCAUUACAACACUUUCAAGUACAGUGGAAACGCUGUGGUGGAAAGUUAUUCAGUGCUCGGGAACUGCAGGCCCUCCGAUCCAUACAGCAUGAACAGUGUUUACUCUUACCAUUCCUACUAUGCACAGCCUAACCUGCCUUCCAUGAAUGGGUUGCAUUCAAAGUUCUCUCUUCCAUCCUUUGGGUAUUAUGGAUUUUCCAGCAAUCAUAUGUUCCACUCCCAGUUUUUGAAUUACGGUGACACAAGGAAUAUGCCUUGGGUAAGCACCAGUUAUGAGAAGAAGCCUGACGUUCAAAUAUUGCAAGAUAACUUGAGCCAUGCUUACCGAAAUCCUGAACUAUUGGAUGAAAUUUCACCUACUGUACGAAACAAAAAUCACCACCAGCGCACCUAUGAGAGAUCUAGUAGACAUGUAGGAAAGCCUCCGGCUGUGCCCCAGAGGUGUAACUCGGUCCCUGCAGAAGCCCUGUCAUUUGCACAAAACACAAACUGUUUCAACAACCGAACAAUCAAGCAAGAGCCAAUGGACUCCUUGUCACAGAUGGAGUCUGUUCAGAGAGCAGCUACAGUCAAUGGCCAAAAUCCAAACCUGAACCCAUCUGAUUUGCCCAUGUCAUCUCAGAAUGGAGGCCCAGAGCAACAGUGGAGCCCUUAUAAAGUCAACAGAAAUGAGUCCCCUUCUAGCAGGACUAGUCAUGCUGAGAGCCCUUGGAAUAUGUUUACACCCAGUGACAACGUCAGUGUUCUCAAUGCAAACACACAGAAUAAAUCUAAUUUGUUUGGUUCACACUCACAUGCUACCAGGUUACCACAGUCCCACCUGCUGGAGAAACAGUGGAACUUGUUUCCUGGCGAGGGACUGCCACGACCACCUGGCCCUGACAUGCUGGGGGUAUCAUGGAGCCCUUGCAAAGUCAAUGAAAGCUCUUCAGCCUUUACAGCGAAUUCAAACCUUCAGGAGAAAUCCUGGAACUUCGGGCAGCUGAAUUUUAAUUCUUUCAAGGGAAGCUCCGUGCUUCCAGAUGAGCUUUGGGGUUCUGUCAAAGCAGAUGACAGGAGGACUCCCACACCGGGCACAGGGUUACACAGUAGACCGUGGUCUUCCUUUGGCUCGUUGCCCACAGUGGCACCAGGUGUGUGUGGGGAGAAGCCCUUCUCUUCCUUGAAAGCAGAAGGUGGUGGUGCAACGUUGCUAGGUGCUGGCCAGGAAGAAAGGCCAUGGGACUCCUUCAGUUUGGAUGAUAGUAUGGAAGAGACCCCCGAAAAGAACAUCAAGGAGGAGGAGGAGGAGGAGGAGGAGGAGGAGGAGGAAGAGGUAUGGUCAGACAGCGAGCACAACUUUCUGGAUGAAAACAUUGGUGGGGUGGCAGUGGCUCCAGCCCACGGCUCCAUCCUUAUAGAGUGUGCAAGGCGAGAGCUGCAUGCCACUACCCCGCUGAAGAAACCCAACCGGUGUCACCCCACGCGCAUCUCUCUGGUGUUCUACCAGCACAAGAACUUGAACCAACCCAAUCAUGGACUUGCCCUUUGGGAAGCAAAGAUGAAACAGCUGGCAGAAAGAGCAAGGCUGAGGCAAGAGGAGGCAGCCAGGCUUGGGCUCCAGCAGGACAUCAAAGCCUUUGGCAAGAAGCGGAAAUGGGGAGGCAGCUUGGCCACUGAGCCCCAACACAAAGAGAAGAAAGACUCUGUUCCGACGCGGCAGGCCCUGGCCAUGCCAACAAACUCAGCUAUCACUGUGUCCUCUUACGCCUAUACCAAGGUAACUGGGCCAUACAGUCGCUGGAUAUGAGAACAACACAGCUCACGUGUGGCCAUCUUACCUCAAAGUCUGCAGCACUGGAAUGCAGUGCUGGUUUGUGGUGCUUUUUCCUAGCGUGUGUCGGAGAGAAAUACAAAACCAGGCCAAGUGUGACAUUUCCAGUAUAUCUGCACUUGGGAAUCGAGCUGAAGAAACGUAUUACUGUUAACAUUUUUCAGUAACCUAAUAUUUAUAUCUGUGCAUUUUUAAUCUGUGCAUCACAAUAAUGGCAAGAGAAAUUUGUAGUGUCCUUUCACAAAGGAGAGCUUUUUAAUCCAUUUCAAAUACAUAUAUGUAUAUUGGAUUUUUAACAAAAAAUAUUACAACUCUGAAGCGUUUAUGUGGCAAAGAAGCAAAAUUAAAAACUCAGCCACACCCAAACCAGCUUGAAAUCUGCACCAUCCAUCACAUUCAGGGUGGUAGAAAUCUCGCCGUGGAGAUCGCCUAGAAACCAAGACUUUCAAUUUCUUUUAAUGAAAUAGGGUGCAUAAUUUGCUGCAUGAUGGUUUCUUAGAGAUGUAGUAGAUCUCUGCAAGGAAGGAGGAAUAUUGGUGAGGAUUAUAUAGAGGAGAGCAGCAGUUUCCACCUCAGUGGUUUUGAAUAGAGCAUAAAAUGUUGUGUGAUGCUUCUCUUAACCCCAGUAGAAUAGAUGGAUUCACCCAGAGCAAAAGCAGUAAAAUGAUAGCAUUUGCUUGCCUGUUUCUGUGCUUAGCACAACUGAAGCCUGCCUAAGGCAUCUCAGGGGAGUACCAGUUCUCCACCACCAUAAGUGUGACAUGCAUGUUGCUGCCUGAGCGUAAAAUGAUCCAGCGCAGCCUUUCCCAACCUUUGGGUCUCCAGUUGUUGUUGGACUGCAAUUCCCAUCAGCCUCAGCCAGCAUGGGCAACGGUCAGGAAUAGUGGGAAUUGGGGGCCAGCAAUAUCUGGGGACCAAAGGUUGGGAAAGACUGAUCUAGUACUGUGAAAAGUCACGUUUGCUGUGAGUCUAUGGCCUAACUUUAAACCGUUUCAGAGUAGGCAGAAAGUACAAGAAUGAACAUAAAGGUACUAUUUCUGCCACUAGAAGUGGUUACAUCUUUAUUUAAAAACAAACUCUUUUGGCUAGGGAACAGCCAGUGGCUACACAUUGUGUGUAAAAUUAAGCUGUUCAAAUUUAUUCAUCAGUAGUUUUUUGUUUAGCUCAAAUAAUUUACAGAGUUAAAUUCUUGAAGGAAGAGAAAGAAGGAACUGAGAAACGGAAUGAUUCAAAGAGAAGUGGGUCUUCAGUUGAGAAGGAUUUAGUUGAAUACAACCGAAGAACUGCUAUCUGCAUCACUUAUAUAUCCAUUUAUUCUGUAGCAGUAACAGAGAAACAGCAUUACAAACAAAAAUAGCAGGUUGAGCUACUGUAUCUUUAAGAAACCACCCAAGCAAGACUUUUUUUUGAAAAAAAUCAUCUCUGGUGCAGAGUCCAAUAAAGGAUAUGGGAGAUCUCCUUUGUACUGCAUUUUGCACUGGUGCAUGCUUAACCAAAUGAAAAUGUCCACCCCAACCCUUACAAAUGGACAUUUUCAAAUGCAAAAAUGAAAUCAGCUUAUUGUAAGUUUGUUUUAUUUUUCUGGUGCCAUUUUUUAAAGAAGAAAUAUCAACAUUAUGUGAUAACUGAUUACUACAACACAGCUGGUGCUUUUAAAACAUUGAAUCACAACUUUUUAAGAUAACCUACCCUUCACCAUUAAUCAUGCAAGUUGUCUUAAGAAUAGCUGGUUCACAUAAGUGGCUACGCAUGUCUGAAGCCAGGCCCUUGACAGAAAUGUUGGGUUGCUAAAAUGAUAAUGGGAAGUCUUCCCUAAAUUAGGAUGAAAUUCACUACAAUUCAGAACUCUUGUACCACUUAAAUCUCACCAAAAAACUUUGGGAUCUCUUUUACUUUGUAUCAGUUUUUAUUUUAAUGAGACAGAGCUGAAAGAUAGAAGCCUUAAGGUAGCAUGCUGCCUGGCUUGUGUAAGAGAAAAUGUAGGUGUAGGAUUUUUUUCCAUAUUGUGUGAAUUUCAUCCUUUACUGGGGAAAUUGUGAGCUUAAUUAUGAAGCCCUUACUGGACUUCAGGUGCUCCCACUAGAUCUGCUCAGAAAAUCUCCACUGACUUCCAUCAGAGUCGGGGAUGUAAUCUUCCAACCUCAAGGCAGCACCUCAUCCUGAAACAGGUGCCAUCUUCAAAUUGGGUGGUGGCAGCUCUUGUGACAGUAGGCGUAAGAGUCUUUUGCUGCCUUUUACUACAGGUCCUUCUGCAGAAAAAUGGAGGUCCGACUCCUUCAGCAGAGUACAUCCCCACUGGCUUUGAUAAGCCUGUGCACGUGAUUUUUCAGCAGUGCAGAAGGCCAAAAGAUCAAACCUGAAACUGAUUAUUUGUCGGUCACCUUCUUCUGCACUUAACAGGUGCCUUUUGAGAAAAAAAUAACAGCUUGCAAAUUCCAACCUAUACAUAGCAUUUUGUUUACUAGGGAACCGUCUCAAUCCUUGCGCACUGGAACAGGAAAACAGGAUCUCUAUACAGUAUCCUGGGUGUUUUAUGUGGUUCUGAUUUUAAACUGUAAAUAGAAAAAGAUUUUUUUUUAAAAAAAAAAAGCACUUUCACCAAGAUUUAAAAGAAAAAAAAUUACCCAAUAACUUGAAGAGCAGUAUGUUUUAAAACAGAUUAUUGCGGGAGAAAUGUAAAUAGAGACAAAAUAUUUAACAUGCUUUUCCGUCUUUUUUUUUUUUUUACUGUAAUCUGCAAAUAUGCUUAUAUUUGGUAAGAAAAAUCAAUGAACGAUGACUGAUUUCAUAUACGUACCCUUGAGCAUAUCGUAUUUGUUAAGAAUUAUUCCAAAUCAGAUUUAUAGGAAAUGUUCUGAGUAUCACAGAAGGAUAGUGAUGUCAACCCAUGCAAGGCCUAAUCCUCCACUAGUGUAAAUCAGCCAUUGAUUUCACUGGGGCUGCACUGAAGGCCCAGUUACGUGCUUGUCAAAAUCAUGUGUUAACAGUUGUGCCUACACUAUAUCACACUAUAUCACUUCAGAGUGCAGGUGGGGGAAUUUUUAAUUUUUUUAAAUAGCUGCAGGAAGAAGGACUGUUAGGUCUCUUGCUGUGUGUUUUUAUUUAAUGUUGGGGAGUUUGCAAAAAGAUGAUUUCCCACCCACAGUCUGAAGUGGUGCAAUUCUAGGAGCUCUACCUGAAAUGUAGGUCAGCCGUCAGCUAAAUCACCACAUGAUCCAGCCUCUCAGCCUUUUCAGGCCAAGUUAAUGGCUGCUUGCUAUUGACUGAUGGAUCCAUUAGCCAGCUGUAGUUACAGGAAGGCAUUAUUGGACCUAUAUCUCUCCACAAAAAAACAUUUUAGUUGGUUUUUCUGCUUCUGUAAUUUCUUUAAGUCUCAUUUGACUUUCCUGUUUUAAAGAUGUUGCAGGGGUGCCUUGGAAGCUUCAUUUGAAUGGCUUUAGAGAGCAAGAAAUUGUAAUAUAUGUGGCAAAGGAGGGACUUCAUUUCGGGGAAUGUGACUGGACACCUGCUGUAAUCCUAUUGGUCGUUAAGCUUCUGUUUAGGGAUUUGUAGAGCUGUCUGAACAUGGCAUAGUAUGGCUCUGAGGGAUAACUUUCUGACUUGGCAAUGGUGCCCUUAAGAUCUCUGGGUGAAUGAUACAUCUUGUUGUAGAGGCAAGUUUCCAGGCUUCUUCAAGAACAGAGGCUGUCUUAGAGUCAGGAAGAGGCAAUGAAAUAAGACGUGUGAAUUGUUCCAAAUUUGCCUAUGUCUGUUUAGACUGCUUUUCACAAUAGGAAUACAGGAGAAAAACUAAUUGGCAGGCCAAAUCCGUUAUUUGUCUCACAGAAAUAAUCCAAAGUAACACAUUGUGAUCUCCUUUCACACUGGUGUAAGUCCAGUGUUCCUUAAACCAAAAUCACUUCUUCAUACUGAACUGUGUGCUUGAGGCAAAACUCUCAUUUCCUCCAGCUUAGACUCAGGGCUGCAAGUCCUUUGGCCUAUGAAUAAUAUAUUUUUUAAAAAUCUGGCUGUCCAUUCAUUAUGCCAUGUAUUUGCCAAUAUAAUUGGUUGACCUUGGGGCAGAUAUUAAGCAAUCAAUGUGCUGUUUGAUCCUGGCAAUGUCAGUAUUAAACCUAUAGCAACAUCAGGAACAUAAGAAGAGCCUGCUGGAUCAGGCCAAUGGCCCAUCAAGUCCAGCAUCACGUUCUCACAGUGGCCAACCAGAUGCCUCUUCUGAGAAGUCUGAAAGAAAGAUCUGAGUGCAACAGCGCCCCCCUCUGGUUUUCAUCAACCUGUUAUUCAUACCAGUUGCACCCAACCGUGGAGGCAGAGCAUAGCCAUGAUGGCUAGUGAAUGCCAUCAGAAUUUGAUGCACAGUUUCCACAAUACAUAGAUUAUACGGGCAUAUAUAGACAAACACGCACACUUUAAAAUAAGGCUUUUAAAAAUAAAGGCAAAACUCCUGAUUCUCAAAAUCCUGGAUAAAUUGAUGUUCUUAGCAUGUAACAAGGAGGGUGCAAUCUGAGGUUGUUUCGCACUAUGUAUAUGACCUACCUCGAGUUUCAGUUGUUUGGGGGGGUGGGGAAUUACCAUGCAUCAGACUUGCAAGAAAGACAUACUAUGCACAGGUUAUCUACUCCAGCUUUUUUUUGUUAAAGUUCUCAUUGGCAGUCAUUUUUCUGCUUACAUCUGGACAAUUACUGCCACCAUGUUGCGGUUAAAGUAUUCAGAAAAGUGGAAGCAGAAGUGUAUGUAGUUACAAAUGUGUUUGUAAAUGGUAUUCUAAAGGCUCAAAGUUGUCCCAGCCAUACUAAAGCCAAUGGGGUAGUGUUAGUGUUCUAAAAAUUAUUACCCUUAAUCUUCAACAACAGCAGUGGGCUUCAGUGUUUCUUAGAGUGUCCAUCUCCAACUUGGUGCCCUCCAUAUAUUGCUGGACCACAACUCCUCAUCCUCAGCCAGCACGGUCAGUGGUUAGAGAUGAUGAGGGUUGGAGUCCACCAACAUUUGGAGAGCACCAGGAUGAAAAAGACUGCCUUAGAGUGAGGCCACUGACAGUUUGCCCAUGGUUAUAUACCCACUGGACAGCCUAUUGUGAGGUGCAGGAAGCCAAGACAAUUCAGGCCUUGAGCAACAUGCUGGUUUUUGCAAAAUGCAUGAAUCCUGACUCUAGUCCUUGUCUUUUAAACUGAUGUGUCAAAGGCAAAGCAGCUUUUAUAUGAGAGUAGUGAGAAAUUUCUUAAAAUGUAUGUUUUGGAGGUAGUGAUUUUGAAGCAAGUUAACAACAACCAUCAUCAAUCACAAUCUGAUGGUGCUAAAAUUACAAACAAAUCUAUAAUUCCUGGAAAAAUCUUGACAAAAGGGUCCAGUUGUGCUCCAGUGAAAGUUCUUAGCAAACUCCCAUUUAUUUCUCUGGGAGAAGGUUUGGGUCUGUUGAGGUCACUUCUUUUAAUGGCUUCUUAUUUCCUCUAUAAUGCUUUGCUUUGCUAUUGGACACAAUGAGUGAGAUCUGUUUAAAAGACUAUGCUUUGAGGCACUUAAUCUCCUGUGGGAAUUGAGGGCUCAAGCAGAUCCCUGUAAAUAGUUAUUUGUGACAAAAACAUACAGGGACCAAACAGUGUAGAAGGUAAAGGAACGAGAAGCUUAAUUGUUUCAAGUUUUAUCUACAGGGGGUCCAAUUUGCCAUGGUGACAAAAAUAGCUCAUUGCUUGUGAACUUGUUAUGAACCUUUUUGUUGGGUAGGAAUGUCUUGUUGCUUUCUGUGCUGCAUUCUGUGGUUAGCAGACAGCUGAGGAACUACAUCAGCAGGACACAAUGUCAUCACAGUACAUAAGUAGCCCUUUCUGUUAUCGGAUGUCUUAACUGUGUCCCAUACAAAGUCAAAGAGAGAAAAUGAACAAAGAAGCCUUGAACUGCUUCAGCUGAUGCAACGUCUGCAUUGUAGGCUAGAAGACAUAUUUUUUUAUCAGCUGAAAUCUUCUAAUGCAAUGGUGCUAUCUUGGUGGGUUCUUCAAAAAAUGUGUUUGGGUUGGUUUGUGGGGUGUUUUUUUUUGCCAGGUUCCAUCUUGCUAUGGUGCUACUGUAUAUGUAAAACCAGAUAACUGUACCAUUAACUGAGAAUAGAAAAUUUCAGUGUUUUAAAUAUUUGUUGUUUUUUAAAUUCUGUGAUGUGGGACUAAAAUUUACAACUACAUAAACCUGAGCUCAUUUAUAUUUGUGUAGAUCCAGCUAAGAUUACUUUGGUGUAAAUGACAGCUGUCCACAUUCUAGGGCAAGAUCCCCAGAUGAUAUAAAAGGAGCUGUACAGCUCAGGAUCAGAUUCUGAGAGUUAUCUUUUUAUUCAUUCAAGUAGUCCUGCCAGCCUGUCCCUAGACGAAAUCAGGUGCUGGCAAAACUACCAUUAGUGAAAAGGGCUUCUGGGAUCAAGCCACAGAAAGUUUGACUGUGAAUGAGUAAAAUUAAAAUGCUUUCCUCAAGCAGGUGGACAAUAAGGUACUACUGUAUUUGAGAUAACACUUGUGCUAAUUUAGCAAGUGUGCAUGGUGCAGCAACCCCCAACCCUCUGCAUUGGUAAUUAUUAUGCAAAAACGAUGGGUGCUGAAUUAAAGUUUUGAGGUCACUCCAAGACAGAGCAGCUAUUUGUAAAAGCAAUGCAGUUGUCUUCUUCUCCAGUUUGCUUUCUUGCUUUUAUUGUUAACAGCAAAAAGUUACGUCUUAGUCUUGUAGGACCCAGUCCUGCAGUCCUUACCCAGGGAAAAGUCCUUAGUGGGCCACAUCUGCAUCUCAGUGUAAACAGAUUUAUUCUAUAGAUGUCAGUACUAAACAUGGGCCCAGCCUUUUGGAAGUUUAGAGAAGGGAACCGGGAUCUGGCCACACAUGGAUUUGCUACCCUUUAGUCCAAAAUGCCAGCUUCUAUCUGCUCCUUUAUGAUGACUUUUCUUUGUAUAUCACUAUUUGUGAGUAUAUGUGUCUGAAAGAUUUACAAAAUACUCUUUUGGUGCUAUUUAUUUUCUUCUCACUCUGUCUUUCACUUUCUUUUUUUGGUUCAUGAGACUUGUUAUUAAUGUGUAUAAAAACCAGGUUUUCAUAAUAUAAGCUUGCUGUUAUCACAAUACAUACAAAAAUACCUCAAAAAAACAGAGUAUUGUGGCAACCUGUGAUUCAGUUAUAGCUAACGGAAUUGAUACAAAUAUUAGAAACAAGUGUGUUUUAUUACUUCAACACUGUACUUGACAUAAACUGUAUGGCCUUUUAAAUUCUAUUCUUGGGCAAGUUUUCACUUUCAAAAUAAUGAAACGUCAUGGGAAAUGAAUUUACAAAAUCACUGAAGAGGUGAACUGGGUGCAAUGCUUUUUUAAGCACUAGAUUCUGGAAGUAUUUCAGAGUAUAGUACAGCCCACAUGAGAAAACCAUUUUUCAAAUAAGAUUUUAACCAGCUAUAAAAAUAAAAUAGUUGUUUCUGUAUGUUUGGUUAAAAAAAAUCUGCCACAAUUGGUAUGUUCUCAAAUUCUUGUUGCUACAGACUUUGCAAAGAUUUCCAAGGAAGUUUUGAUCUGGGAAUGGCAGAAUCCUGACUUUAUAAAUCAGCCUCCUAGCAAAAAGUGCAUUAUUUUUCAAAUAUGCCAUCCAGUUAGAUUGUCCUCUAAAUACUUAUUAAAAAAAAAAGGCAAGAAAAGUGCUGAGUGGACUUUGACAGAUUCCAGGGGCAAAGAUGAAAUUCUGGUGCUGGAUUUGGAUAGAUCCUCUAGCAUAUGGCUCUUGGAGCUAUACCACUUCACAACUUUGUUUUCUAGAUGGCAAAUUAUAAAUUUUAUGGUGACUAGCAAAGGGCACACAUUCCUGUGUUCUCUUAUGAAGGCAAUUACUCUGUGGAAUGCAAUGCAAUGAAAGUCUUGCCUGCAUAAAGAAUAUUUCAUGGUCAAGAUCUGCUUUUGUUUUUCUGUCUUUUUGCCUAAGAAUAGUAAAGCUAAUUGGCCAUUUUUUUUUCUUCUGCUCCAAUAUCAGGGAUAUAUUUUACAAGUGAUUUUUUUUUGUUUGCCAUUCUUUUUGACACCCAUUGUUUAGGGUUUACUCACUGCUGUUCAAUCUUUGGAAAAUGUGUAUUGUCCAGCUGGCUUUUGGCAUUUAUUUGUAUGCAUUUUUGCGUGUAAAACUAAUUGAAAAGGUAUAAAGGUGUCUUUAAAUGCAUUUUUUUAAUUUAAGAGAAAUGAGGAAAAAACAGGUUGGAUUUGGCAGACUAAUUCAGUUUAGCUAACCGAAGGCUGUAACCUCAGUUUAUUUGAUUUCUUGUCUCUUUGAAUUCACAUUUGGUAAACGGGACCUCCAGUGGAGGCCACCUUGUGGACCACACUUGAAGAUUCCUUUGUUGAUUUGUGACUGUGGCUACUUGAAAUGAAGUUUUAUCUGGGGUUGGUUGACAAAUGGUAGAUUUUACAAUGUCUCAAGGCAAUAGGACUUGUGUAUUAAACUGUAGAUAUCCUUAGUACAGUAAAUUUAUGCUAAUAAUUUUAUUUUGUAUAAUUUCCUCUUCGUCUGUUUCCCCCCCACCCCCCCUUUCACACUUCCCCUCUCUCCCUUCAAUGUCUCAGCAAAUUUAUUUUUAGGAUGCCUAAAAAUUGCAAGUAUGGACCCUUCUUUUUUUAAUUUGUAUUUUAUUAUGUUACACAACCAACUGGUUUGUGAAAUGUAUUAUUCCUGAUAUCUUUAAACUAUUGUGGGUGUUUUAAUAAAUUUUAUAUUUAUUUU